AGUCCCGGGACCCCGGGCAAGCGGGCGGUGGGUGGCCGCUGCGUGUCCUCCGCCCGCGCCGGGCAUCCCUCGCGCGCUGCAGAGAGCGCAGAGCCAGUCCCGCAGCCGGAUAGCCUCUCCCGCAGGCACACGCAGAAGCCCCCGCGGCCGCGGCCGGAGCUGGGGCACCUUCGCCCUGCGCGCUCCGGGGUCCUGCGCUGCGCCGCCCGUGCCGCCCCCGCGCCUCCUUCGCUGGGCGGGCGUGGGGAGAAAGAAGCGGCUCCCGAGUUCUGGGCGCUGCGCCCGGCUCGAGGUGCAGGAUGGAGAGCAAGGCGCUGCUGGCCAUCGCUCUGUGGCUCUGCGUGGAGACCCGGGCCGCCUCCGUGGGUUUGCCUAGUGUUUCUCUUGCUCCGCCCAAGCUCAGCAUACAAAAAGACGUACUCACAGUUACGGCUAAUACAACUCUUCAAAUUCAUUGCAGAGGACACCGGGAGUUGGACUGGCUUUGGCCCAACAAUCAGAGUGGCACUGGGGACAGGGUGGAGAUAACAGAGUGCAGUGACAGCCUCUUCUGUAAGACACUCACAAUCCCAAAAGUGAUCGGAAAUGAUACUGGAGCCUACAAGUGCUUUUACCGGGAAACUGACUUGGCUUCAGUCAUUUAUGUCCAUGUUCAAGAUUACAGAUCUCCAUUUAUUGCAUCUGUUAGUGACCAACACGGAGUUGUGUACAUUACCGAGAACAAAAACAGAACUGUGGUGAUUCCAUGUCUUGGGUCCAUUUCAAACCUCAACGUGUCACUUUGUGCGAGGUAUCCAGAAAAGAGGUUUGUUCCUGAUGGUAACAGAAUUUCCUGGGACAGCAAGAAAGGCUUUACUAUUCCCAGCUACAUGAUCAGCUAUGCUGGCAUGGUCUUCUGCGAAGCCAAAAUUAAUGAUGAAAGUUACCAGUCUAUUACAUACGUAGUUGCAGUUGUAGGGUAUAGGAUUUAUGAUGUGCUUGUAAGCCCCGCUCAUGAAGUUGAGCUAUCUGUCGGAGAGAAGCUUGUCUUAAAUUGUACAGCAAGAACUGAACUAAACGUGAGGGUUGAAUUCAACUGGGAACACCAUUCUUUGAAGGAUCAACAUAAGAAACCUACAAACCGGGAACUAAAAACCCCGUCUGGGAGUGAGAUGAAGAAAUUUUUGAGCACCUUGACUAUAGAUAGUGUCACGCGUAGUAACCAAGGGUGGUACACCUGUGCAGCCUCCAGCGGGCUGAUGACCAAGAGCAACAGCACAUUUGUGAGAGUCCAUGAAAAACCUUUUGUUGCUUUUGGCAGUGGCAUGGAAUCUUUGGUGGAAGCCACGGUGGGGGAGCGUGUCAGAGUCCCCGUGAAGUACCUUGGUUACCCACCCCCUGAAAUAAAAUGGUAUAAAAAUGGAAGACCCAUUGAGUCCAAUCACACAAUUAAAGUGGGGCAUGUACUGACGAUCAUGGAAGUGAGUGAAAAAGACACAGGAAAUUACACUGUCAUCCUCACCAAUCCCAUUUCAAAGGAGAAGCAGAGCCACGUGGUAUCUCUGGUUGUGAAUGUCCCACCCGAGAUUGGUGAGAAGUCUCUGAUCUCUCCCGUGGAUUCCUACCAGUACGGCACCACCCAAACGCUGACGUGCACAAUCUACGCCAUUCCUCCCCCACACCACAUCCGCUGGUAUUGGCAGUUGGAGGAAGAGUGCCCCAGCAAGCCCAGCCAGGCCGUCUCAGUGACAAACCCGUAUACUUGUAAAGAAUGGAGAAGUGUGGAGGACUUCCAGGGGGGAAAUAAAAUCGAAGUCAACAAAAACCAAUUUGCCCUAAUUGAAGGGAGAAACAAAACCGUAAGUACCCUUAUCAUCCAAGCGGCAAAUGUGUCAGCUUUGUACAAAUGUGAAGCUGUCAACAAAGUCGGGAGAGGAGAGAGGGUCAUCCCCUUCCAUGUGACCAGGGGUCCUGAAAUUACUUUGAAACCUGGCACCCAGCCAUCCGAGCAGGAGAGCGUGUCUUUGUGGUGCAGUGCAGACAGAACCACGUUUGAGAACCUUACGUGGUACAAGCUUGGCUCACAGGCUCUGCCGAUCCACAUGGGAGAGCUGCCCACGCCUCUUUGCAAGAACCUGGAUACUCUUUGGAAAUUGAAUGCCACCAUAUUCACUAACAGCACAAAUGACAUUUUGAUCAUGGAGCUCCAGAAUGCAUCCUUGCAGGACCAAGGAGACUACGUCUGCUUUGCUCAAGACAGGAAGACCAAGAGAAGACACUGUGUGGUCAGACAGCUCACAGUCCUAGAGCGCGUGGCACCCAUGAUCACAGGAAACCUAGAGAAUCAGACGACGAAUAUUGGUGAAACCAUUGAGGUUUCGUGCAUAGCAUCUGGGAAUCCUCCUCCACAGAUUACCUGGUUUAAAGAUAAUGAGACCCUUGUGGAAGACUCAGGCAUUGUGUUGAAAGACGGGAACCGGAAUCUUACCAUCCGCAGAGUGAGGAAGGAGGAUGAAGGCCUCUACACCUGCCAGGCAUGCAGUGUUCUGGGAUGUGCAAAAGUAGAAGCAUUUUUCAUAAUAGAAGGUGCCCAGGAAAAGACGAACUUGGAAGUCAUUAUUCUAGUAGGCACCGCGGUGAUCGCCAUGUUCUUCUGGCUCCUUCUUGUCAUCGUCCUACGGACCGUUAAGAGGGCCAAUGGAGGGGAACUGAAGACGGGCUACUUGUCCAUCGUCAUGGACCCAGACGAGCUGCCCCUGGACGAGCACUGUGAACGCCUGCCCUAUGAUGCCAACAAAUGGGAAUUUCCCAGAGACCGGCUGAAACUGGGCAAGCCUCUUGGCCGUGGUGCCUUUGGCCAAGUGAUCGAGGCAGAUGCCUUUGGAAUUGACAAGACAGCAACUUGCAAGACAGUGGCCGUCAAAAUGUUGAAAGAGGGUGCAACGCACAGUGAACACCGAGCCCUCAUGUCUGAACUCAAGAUCCUCAUUCACAUCGGCCACCAUCUCAAUGUGGUCAACCUCCUCGGUGCCUGCACCAAGCCAGGAGGGCCACUCAUGGUGAUUGUGGAAUUCUGCAAGUUUGGAAACCUAUCAACUUACUUAAGGAGCAAGAGAAAUGAAUUUGUCCCCUACAAGUCCAAAGGGGCGCGAUUCCGUCAGGGAAAGGACUACGUUGGGGAGAUUCCCGUGGAUCCGAAGCGCCGCCUGGACAGCAUCACCAGCAGCCAGAGCUCCGCCAGCUCCGGAUUUGUGGAGGAGAAGUCGCUCAGCGACGUGGAGGAAGAGGAAGCUCCUGAAGAUCUCUACAAGGACUUCCUGACCUUGGAGCAUCUCAUCUGUUACAGCUUCCAAGUGGCUAAGGGCAUGGAGUUCUUGGCUUCGCGAAAGUGUAUCCACAGGGACCUGGCAGCACGAAAUAUCCUCUUGUCGGAGAAGAACGUGGUGAAAAUCUGUGACUUUGGCUUGGCCCGGGAUAUUUAUAAGGACCCGGAUUAUGUCAGGAAAGGAGAUGCUCGCCUCCCUUUGAAAUGGAUGGCCCCGGAAACAAUUUUUGACAGAGUCUACACAAUUCAGAGUGACGUGUGGUCUUUUGGUGUUUUGCUCUGGGAAAUAUUUUCCUUGGGUGCUUCUCCAUAUCCUGGGGUAAAGAUUGAUGAGGAAUUUUGUAGGCGAUUGAAAGAAGGAACUAGGAUGAGGGCCCCUGACUAUACCACACCGGAAAUGUACCAGACUAUGCUUGACUGCUGGCAUGGGGAGCCCGACCAGAGACCCACGUUUUCAGAGUUGGUGGAACAUCUGGGAAAUCUGUUACAAGCUAAUGCUCAGCAGGAUGGCAAAGACUACAUUGUUCUUCCAAUAUCAGAGACUUUGAGCAUGGAAGAGGAUUCUGGACUCUCUCUGCCUACCUCACCUGUUUCCUGUAUGGAGGAAGAGGAAGUGUGUGACCCCAAAUUCCAUUAUGACAACACAGCAGGAAUCAGUCAGUAUCUGCAGAACAGUAAGCGAAAGAGCCGGCCUGUGAGUGUAAAAACAUUUGAAGAUAUCCCACUGGAAGAACCAGAAGUAAAAGUAAUCCCAGAUGACAACCAGACGGAUAGUGGGAUGGUUCUUGCCUCAGAAGAGCUGAAAACUUUGGAAGACAGAACAAAAUUAGCUCCAUCUUUUAGUGGGAUGAUGCCCAGCAAAAGCAGGGAGUCCGUGGCAUCUGAAGGCUCAAACCAGACGAGUGGCUACCAGUCUGGGUAUCACUCCGACGACACGGACACCACCGUGUGCUCCAGCGAGGAGGCGGAACUCUUAAAGCUGGUGGAGAUCGGAAUGCAAGCCGGCAGCGUGGCCCAGAUUCUCCAGCCUGACGCUGGGAACACACUGAGCUCGCCCCCUGUUUAAAAGGAGGCACCCCCGCCCCCUGCUCCUGGAAACCACGUGAGAGGUGCUGCUCAGAUUGUCAAGUGUUGUUCUUUCCACCACCAGGAAGUAGCCACAUUUGAUUUUCAUUUCAAAAAAAAAGGACCUUGGACUGCAGGGAGCUAGUCCUCUAGGCAUUUCCUGACUUCGAAGAUGCUUGUGACCCAAGAAUGUGUUUGUAUCUUCUCCCAGUGUUGACCCGAUUCUCUUUCUCAUUCAUUUAAAAAGCAUUUAUGAUGCCCCCGGCUGUGGGUCUCCACAUGGGUUCGAACAAAGACGGUCAAGAAGUGGCUCCAUCCGCCAAGGAGUAGCAGGACCUGGGGAGUUGACACUUCUGUUAAACUAGAAGAUAAACCAGGCAACGUAUGUGCUUUGUGUUGAAGAUGGGAAAGACUGGCAGGGCUGAGGCCGUCUGAGAGGCUUUGUUUUAGGCUUUGGGUCCCGAGCCAAGUCUUAAGUGUGGGAUUUGCGUCGAUAGAAAGGAAGACGUUAGCUUGCUUUGAGAGAAUGGUGGAGCCUGAAAGCGCAUGGUGCUGGCUCUGGUGGAGGUGGGCGUGUGGUCUGCUAGGAAAUGUAAAGGCUGCAGACGAGGUUUCUGGUUUUAGAAGUUUGCGUGAUCUUCGCAGUUGGGCCAAAGGAGAGUUCCUUGUGCUGUUUCCGACUCUUAAUGAGCAUUCCUUCCGGACCCUUACGUGUCUCCUGGCCAAGCCCCAGGAAGGAAAUGAUGCGGCUCUGGCUCCUUGUCUCCCGGGCUGAUCCUUUAUUCAGAGCACCACAAAGAAAGGACAUUCAGCCCGGGGCUCCCUGCCGUGUUGAAGAGCUCUGACUGCACAGACCAGCUUCUGGUUCCUUCUGGAUGAAUACCAGAAUAUCUGUCCUGAUGGGAUAUGUCUGAGACUGAAUGCAGUAGGUUCAGUGUCAAGCUGUGGUGUCAAAGCUUCAGGAAGGAAUUUACCCUUUUUCUUCCUCCCCUACCCCCAACCUGCUCUCCCCACAGCCUGCCAGUAUGUUAGUUAUUUGGCCUCUACACUCCAGUAAACCUGUUUGGGUUUUGUUCACUCUCUGAAUGAUUAUUAGCCAGAUUUCAAAAAUUACUUUAUAGCCAAAAUUAUAACAACAUCUAUUGUAUUAUUUAGACUUUUAACAUAUAGAGCUAUUUCUACUGGUUUUUGCCCUUGUUCUUUCAUUUUUUUUUAAAAAAAGAAAAUGUGUUUUUCAUUUGGUACCAUAGUGUGAAAUACUGGGAACAAUGACUAUAAAACAUGCUAUGGCACAUAUAUUUAUAGUCUGUUUAUGUAGAAACAAAUGUAAUAUAUUAAAGCCUUAUAUUAUAUAUAAUGAA